AUAACCAGCUCCGGAUCCUGAAAGGGAGGGCAAAGAAUCAGUGGCAGAAGCUAACCGCUUCACACUUGCACUUCAUGCCCACGCUUUCCCUUCCAGGCUACAAUGUCUACAGGCAACGGCACCCCUUGGGGGUCAGCAGCAGGGGAGGAGGCCUGGGCGGGAUCCGGAGUGGAGGUUGAGGGAUCAGAGCUGCCCACCUUCUCAGCCGCAGCCAAGGUCCGAGUAGGAGUGACCAUUGUGCUGUUUGUUUCUUCAGCUGGAGGGAACCUGGCCGUAUUGUGGUCAGUGACACGGCCGCAACCCAGCCAGGCCCGCCCCUCGCCGGUCCGGCGACUUUUUGCCCAUUUAGCAGCUGCAGAUUUACUGGUCACUUUUGUGGUUAUGCCCCUAGAUGCCACCUGGAAUAUCACUGUUCAGUGGCUGGCCGGGGACAUCGCCUGUCGGACACUCAUGUUCCUGAAACUAAUGGCCAUGUACGCCGCAGCUUUCCUGCCUGUGGUCAUUGGGCUUGACCGUCAGGCAGCAGUACUCCACCCGUUUGGACCCCGCUCAGGUGGAAGGAAGCUUCUGGGGGCAGCUUGGGGUUUUAGUUUCCUGCUUGCCUUGCCCCAGCUGUUCCUGUUCCAUACUGUCCGCCGAGCUGGCCCAGUCUCUUUUACACAGUGUGUCACCAAAGGCAGCUUCAAGGCUCGCUGGCAAGAGACCACCUAUAACUUCUUCACCUUCUGCUGCCUCUUUCUGCUGCCAUUGACUGCCAUGGCCAUCUGCUAUAGCCGCAUUGUCCUCAGUGUGUCCAGUCCCCGGAAAAGGAAAGGGAACCAUGCCUCUGCUGAUGAAUUUGCACUCCGCCGCUCCUUAGACAAUCGCCCUCGUGUCCGCCUGCGGGCCCUGCGACUGGCCCUCCUUGUCUUGCUGACCUUCAUCCUCUGCUGGACACCUUAUUACCUGCUGGGUCUGUGGUACUGGUUCUCCCCCACCAUGCUAACUGAAGUCCCCUCCAGCCUCAGCCACAUCCUUUUCCUCUUUGGCCUCCUCAACGCUCCUCUGGAUCCUCUACUCUAUGGGGCCUUCACACUUGGCUGCCGAAGAGGGCACCAAGAACCAGGCGCAGCGUCCUCCAGGGAAGAAGGGUCUGGCAGAAUGCCCCUGAGACAGCUAGAAGCACACACAAAUGUAGGAGCAAGUAGGGCAGGAGAAACCAAAGAGACAUUCCUAUAACAUCCAUUUGCUUAGGACAGAGUAUAUAGGUACGGAAUUAUUACCAUAAGCACAUCUCACUGCUACUCUAGAUCUCUUCUAAGAAAAAAAUACUGAGCUGUGUCUAUACUCUGACUCCAGCUGAUAUUUAAUUAAGAUUAUGUCCAAUGUAAAAACGCAUGUAGAACUCAGUCCCUGGGAGAAGUAUCUUCAUAAUGACUUAUACUGCCUUACUGAAAAUAGUGCUUCAGAACUUUCAACUCUACUUAGAGCAGAAAGCAAGUUUAAGUGUAGAAAACAAAAAUGGGACAUUUAUUCAUAACUCCAACACAGGGCAGGUAGGGUGAGAGUAAAUAUGAACACAGCAAGUUCUACCCCAGCCCAAUUUCUCCAAGGCCACACCAUCAAAUGGAAUGUCGGGGGAGAACACAUGGACAACAGAGGACCUGUCAGUGCCGCCUCUGGUCUGGACUCCUGCUGCGUCUUCAGGCACCUCUAGCGAAAAGGAGGGGGUGACAUACAAAGCCCCUGUUCUGUUCUGCUCACAUUUCCUUACCAAGAUAGUUACUCUGUUUUCCAUUUUAUCUCCUCU